AUGUCUUUUGAUCAGGAUAUUGAUGGCUACGAUGCUGAUACUAGCAUAUCUUUCUCAGACAGUCGUUCCAGCACACCGAAGAUGACACCCUCGGAUGAUAUGUUUGUCAACCCAGCAUACUGGCAUGCACAUUCAGAGAAAGAACACUUGAUUAGACAGCAACUGUUGCAUCACCCAAAUACUAUGCCUCCCUGGCCUGAUGAGCCCGAAAGCGACCCACCCGAGCCAACACUGCAGCAAGUCAUCUCUCCUCCUCAUGUGGACAAUCCUGAAAGCAUCACCGAGCCCGAAAGCGACCCACCUGAGCCAACACCACAGCAAGUCAUCAUCCCUUCUUGUGUGAACAAUCCUGAAAGUGUCACUGAGCCUGAAAGCGACCCACCUGAGCCAAUGGCACACUCGUCCACUAUCACCAAACCAGUUCUCUCCAUGCCCAAAAGUAAUAUGAAGUCCAUAUUUACAAUACCAAGCCCACCACCACCUGAAUCAAUUUACUGGAAGUAUGUGUCGAAGGAGGAGGAUGAAGCAUGGUACAAUCAAUUGCGUACAGACAAGAAUUUUCUUGUGGUUCAUGCAAUGAAACAAGAACUUGAAGAAGCUCUUUAG